AUGAUCCACAUAUCAAAUAUUGAUCAGUAUCUCCCACUCCCAGAGUCUAGCCUGUUUAUCACAAUGGCUUUCACCAAACACCUUUCUCAUUGCCUUUGCCUUCUAUGUCUAUGCUUAGCAUAUGUACUGUUUCAGGCUUCCCUCAUAUCUUCUCAAAGCCUGGGAUUAGGGUACUCCUCCCCCUCACCCGAAACUAAUCAGACUCUUCUUCUCUCUCCUGAUGGCACAUUUUCCGCUGGAUUUCAUGCUGUUGGCAUCAACGCCUAUGGUUUUGCUGUAUGGUACACUAAUACAACCAAAUCCCCCACACUUGUAUGGAUGGCCAAUAGAGAUGAACCCGUUAAUGGAAGAAAUUCCUAUCUCAAUCUUCUAAAAGAUGGAGACCUGGUCCUAAUCAAUGCCAAUGGAAGCGCCAUAUGGAGAACCAGCACCAGAGGUCUCUCUGUCAAGGCUGCUGCUCUUCUUAACACAGGAAAUCUUGUGCUACGCAGCUCCUCUGGGAAAAUACUUUGGCAAAGCUUUGAUUCUCCUACUGAUACGCUCCUUCCAGGUCAGUAUUUCACCAAGGAUACACAGCUGGUCUAG